GUCUUCAUCAUCUCCGUGAACAAGCGCCUCAUGGGCAGCCAGGGCUACGCGUUCCGCUUCGUCGUCACGCUCAACGCGCUCCACUACCUCACCACCACGGUCUGGACCGUCGUCGCCAAGAAGGUGGGCCUCGCGAAGCAGGACGACGGCGCCGGCGGCAAGCCCGCCCACGUGCCCUGGCGGGCCGUGGCCGUCUUCACCUUAGUUUCGGACGCGUCGAUCAUCAGCCUGAACACGUCCUUGAUGCUCAACAGCAUCACGCUCUACCAGAUCGCCAAGCUGGGCAUCAUCCCCUGCACCUGCGUCGUCGAGUACUUCCUGUACGGGCGCGUCUUCACGGCGAAGAUGAUCGCGUCCAUCGGCCUCACGCUGUGCGGCGUCGCCCUGGUCGCGAUCACGGAGAUGAACGUGUCCUCCUCGGCGCUCGGCGUCGCCGUGGCGGCCUGCAGCGUGCUGAGCUCGUCGGGCCAGCAGCUCCUCGUGCGCCACCUCCAGCUCAAGCACAACGUCUCCGCCGGCGCGCUGCUGGGCGUCGUCGCGCCCGCGCAGGGCAUGUCGCUCCUGCUCCUCUCGCCGGUGCUCGACAAGCUGAGCACGGGCAUCUUCGUCACGGACUACCGCUGGAGCCGGGGCAGCGCGCUCUGCCUCGUCAUGUCCUGCAGCGCCGCCGUCCUCGUCAACGUGUCCCAGUUCCUCGUGCUCGGCCGCUUCACGGCCGUCACGUAUCAGGUCCUCGGCCACGCGAAAACGAUCUGCGUCCUCGUCGUCGGCUACCUCUUCUUCGGCGGCCAGAUCACGGGCCAGCAGUUCGUGGGCAUGACCAUGGCCGUCGGCGGCAUGAUGUCCUACUCCCAGGCGAGCCAG